AUGUUCGCGGCCGCCUCCUCGUUCUUCGCCCGCACAAACAUCUCCCAAAACUACACCAUCGGCACCGCCGCGCCGUCCGUCGUCGGUGGGAGCAGGACAGGCACCCCUACACCUGGGGGCUCCGCGGCUGGCUCGCUGCCCCCGGCGGCCGCGCCCCCGCCGUUCAGCAUCGGGCCCUGGCGGGUGCAGCCUGCGACGCACAAGGUCACGGGCAAACGCGUCUCGGUGUGGACCGCGGACAAGAAGAGCCAGGAGAUGGAGCGGAUGGGUCCGCAGUCGCGGGACAAGACGUUGGAGGUGCUCAAGGCGAGGUGCGCGUCCGCGCUGAGCAGGCUCAGGCACCCGUCCGUGCUAGAGGUUGUGGAACCCCUGGAAGAAACUCGGACGGAACUCAUCUUCGCGACCGAGCCUGUGCUCGCGUCUCUGCACCUCUCGGUCCCUGGCUCGUUCCAGUAUAUGCCACUUGUGGAACUUGACGAAGUCGAGAUCCAGAAGGGUAUACUGCAGCUAUGCAAAGGCCUGACUUUCAUGCACGGCUCCGCCCGCCUUCUACACUCAAAUAUUAACUUGGAAAGCAUUAUCAUCAAUAGUGCGGGCGACUGGAAGCUUUCGGGCCUGGGACAAACGAUUGCUCUAUCACGACCAGACGGUAGUGCUCCCCGGUGGGAAUAUCCGACCUUUGAUGGACGUGCGUCGACAUAUACUCAACGUUCAUUCGACUACAUUGCCCCCGAAUACGCGCUCGACGAAGUGCUCGAUCCCGCCUCUGAUAUGUACUCACUUGGCUGCUUAAUUUAUGCGGUACAUUGCAAAGGAAACCCGCCUUUCAAGAAUCAUGGCAGCCUGUCGUCUUUGCGGGAGAAUGCCGGUAAGCCCCUGGUCGGUAUGGAACGAUUGGAGCAAGACUUGCGUUCACUCCUCAGCGCCCUCAUCACCAGACAACCUCAUGGUCGGCCAAGUCCAUCAGAUCUCCCACUGCAUCCUUUCUUCUCGUCUUUGCCUGUCUCGACGCUGAGCUUCCUGGACCGGUCCAAUUUUGCCGCGAAGACUCGCGAAGAGAAGAUCUCAUUUAUGAAGGGCCUGACAAGCGUUUUGGACAAAUUCUCGGAAGGUCUUCGGACGCGUAAGAUCCUUCCCUCGCUAUUGGAAGAAAUGAAAGACACCCACCUUCUACCCUACAUCCUCCCCAACAUCUUUGCCAUCGCACAAGUCCUCUCGUCCACGCAGUUUGCGACGCUCGUACUGCCCAGCCUCAAGCCGCUGUUUGCAAUAAAAGAGCCCCCGCAGAACAUGCUUACAUUGCUCGACAACUUGAUUUUGCUGCAGCAGAAGACGGAGAAGCCUGUAUUCCGAGAACAUGUCUUGCCUCUUGUCUACAACGCGCUAGAGAGCGAGCACUCCAUCGUGCAAGAACGUGCCCUCAAGUCCGUCCCCAACCUUUGUGAGACCAUCGACUAUGCGGAGGUACAAGGCGUGGUGUUCCCACGAGUCGCUUUGGUCUUCACGAAAACACGUAUGCUGUCAGUCAAAGUAGCGACGCUGGAAACUUUCUUGUCAAUGGUACACACCCUCGAUCAAUCGAGUUUAACUCAAAAACUAGUACCGUUGUUAUCAAGAAUUCGGACGAAAGAACCCGCAGUGACGAUGGCUACUUUGGCUGUACAGGAAGCGAUGGGCCUGAAGGUUGAUCGCGAGGCUGUUGCAACCCUCGUACUUCCUCAGCUAUGGGCGAUGUCGAUGGGACCAUUGUUGACCGUUUCUCAAUUCAAAAGGUUCAUGGAUGUUAUCAAGAAGCUGGGCGAUCGCGUAGAGAAAGAACACGACCAGUACCUCCGAGACUCACAGCGUAUCGAGGACCGAUCCGCUGUGACCAGUUCAUCUAGUAUCCCAGUGGGUGCGAACGGUGCUGUCGACUUCGAAAGUCUCGUGGGCAAUGGGAGUAGUAGUACUCCCGCAAUCAGGGCAAAUGCUACAGGCGAUGCUCCGGCUCCAAGUUGGGAGGAUGACGUUUGGGGUAGCAUUUUCUCCAAUGGUACGGUCAGUGGCUCGACGAGCCCUGUACCCCCCGCAUUGUCCCCUCCAGCCGUGCAACCAGCACGCGCACCCACUUUCUCCCCACCUUUGCAGACGUCUCAGUCUCAGCCUGCAUCUCCACGGAUAUCAAGCUCCCUCAAUCCUCAUGUAUCGCGCGCAAAUACCAGUCGCCCCAGUCCGGGAUUAGGCGCAACCCGUGUCUCGUCAACUUCAUUCAACUCUGCGGUGUUCACGACGUCGCCCUCGCCGCCUCUCGCCGCGCCUAUGGUGCCGAUGAACUCUUUCUCCUCGGCGCCCGCCAUGCAGCUCAUGCAGCCCUCCUUUCCCGCACUCACCCCAUCCAAUGUCCCAGCACCAAGCUUCAGCGCAGCCCCUUCGGGUCCCAACUACAACAUCUCCCUGCCUCCAAUGCAGCCCCCUGCUGGACCAUCACAAGCACCGCCACCGUUUUUCGCACAACAGAUGUCCAUGGGAGGCGUGCUUGCCCCAUCGAAACCGGCGCAACCUCAGUGGCCAGGGACCGGAGGCGCGCAGAAGCAGCUGUCAAAAGCCGACUGGGGUGACUUCGAUCCAUUAGCCUAA